UCCCACGAACCCUGGCUCAUUUAUUCUGUUUUGGGGCCAAUCUGGAAUCUCACAUCUCAUUCACUAGCAGUUUCUUGUCUUCUCUCCAUUGACCAUGUCUGCUACUUUCAAAUACCAACCUACGGGACUUCACGGUUGGGGCGCGCCGAGAUCUUCUUCUAGAAAUCUCGCAAGGUUCUUCUCAAUGCGAUUCGCGUGUAACUCUCGCCACCAUAAAAUAUUGCAUGCUUCCGUUUCUCACCCUUCAUCACUCUCCAUUUCUCACGACUCAUCUACCGAGACUGAGAGUACUUUGAUAUUGAUUCGUCAUGGGGAGUCUUUGUGGAAUGAGAAGAACUUGUUCACGGGAUGUUGCGAUGUGCCUUUGACCAAGAGAGGUGUAGAGGAAGCUAUUGAAGCUGGUAAGAGGAUUAGCUAUAUACCGGUUGAUAUGAUCUUUACGUCCGCACUGAUUCGAGCACAGAUGACGGCUAUGCUUGCAAUGACUCAGCACCACCAGGAGAAGGUUCCUAUUAUCAUCCAUAAUGAGAGUGAACGGGCAACAGCUUGGACUCAAGUUUACAGUGAAAAAACCACCAAGCAAUCUAUUCCAGUUAUUACAGCUUGGCAGUUGAAUGAACGAAUGUAUGGGGAGUUACAGGGUCUUAAUAAGCAGGAGACUGCAGAAAGAUACGGGAAGGAGAAGGUGCAUGAAUGGCGUCGGAGUUUUGACAUUCCUCCUCCCAAGGGCGAGAGCCUGGAAAUGUGUUCACAGAGAGCUGUUGCAUAUUUUAAGGAUUUUAUUGAACCUCAACUAAAAUCAGGAAAGCACGUGAUGGUUGCUGCUCAUGGAAACUCAUUGAGGUCUAUUAUAAUGUAUCUUGACAGAUUAACUUCUCAAGAGGUCACUAGUUUAGAGUUAUCAACUGGGAUACCAUUGCUUUACAUAUAUAAAGACGGAAAGUUUAACAGUAGAGGAAGUCCUGUGGGGCCUACAGAAGCUGGUGUUUAUGCAUACACUCAGAAUUUAGCUAUUUACAGACAACAGUUGGAUGAAACGUCUAAUUGUUAUUGAUCUUGCAUUUCAAGGAUCAAAAUGGCAUAAUUCUCGAUAUUCAUUCUUGGUGGAUGACUCUCAGGAUACUCAUGCUAAACGUCAAUUUGAAAAUUAUUGGAAGGAAUUGACCAAUCCAUGAUAGUUUUAAAUCUGCAAACUGGAUGGCGAGAGCGAGACGUAAAAGCCCUGAAAAUUUUAUGUACUGUAGCUACCCGAGUAGUCCCAAAACAAUUUUGGUUAGAGAGAAUGAAAAACAGGAUUAGUAAAUGGCAAUGUUAGUCUAGAACUUGUUUGUGCCUGAAUGGAAGUGAACUUAUAGCUAUAGCUGCCAUUUUUGGAACUUAUAUAGGGAAUUGAAUUUACGGUAAAUGAAUGAAAACAAUGAAUUGAAGUAUUUUGCG